CCCCACAGACACUGAUGCAAACAGAGGAGCCUUCCUCUCGCCAUGCUCGUCUUUGCUGUCCAUGCGCUGACCUUCGCCUUGGGAUUUCCUGCCAAUGUCUUCACCUUCCUCACCCUCCUCAUCAAAAUCCGAUGUCACCGUCCUCAUCCCCACCUCACCGCUGCCAACCUCCUCCUCCUCAACCUCAUCACUGCCGACCUCCUUGUCCUCCUCUUCCUCCCCUUCAAGAUGGCCGAAGAGGCAGCCAUGAUGGUGUGGCCCUUCUCCACAGCGCUCUGCCCCAUAGCAAACUUCUGCUUCUACUCCAGCAUCUACCUCAGCACUCUCUUUAUGGCUGCCCUCAGUGUGGAGCGCUACUUUGGGGUCGUGUUCCCGCACCGCUACAACCGGCGCCGGAGGUUAUGGCGGACGAUGGCUGCCAGCGCUGUCCUUUCAGUGAUGGCAUUGUCCCAUUGUUCCAUCGUUUUUGUGGCAGAAUAUCACAGAGAGUUUGGUGUCAAUGGGUCUGAGGCUGAUGGGGAAGGUGGUUAUGGGGUGAAUUUGACCAAGACCAGGGAAUCCGGGAUCCUCAGGAUCUCCAGCCCCAACACCAACUGCAACAUCUCCAGCCUCAAAUCCUCUGCCUGCACAACCCCAAACACACCCCACAUCCCCACCACCACCCUGUGGACUUCCCAGAAUGCCCCUGAGACUCAGCGCCACUGGGGCUACCACUGCUACGAUGACCUCUCCCAAACCCAGCUGCACUUCGUCCUCCCGCUGCGCCUUGAGCUCUUCCUCAUCCUCUUCCUCAUCCCCUUUGCCAUCACCAUGUUCUGCUACAUUGGCCUCAUCCGUGCCCUCCUCACUUGACCCCACAUCCCGCUGCAGAAGAAGUACCGCACUGUGGGGCUGGCUGUGGUCACCAUGGUCAACUUUGGGAUCUGCUUUGGACCCUACAACAUCUCGCAUGUGGUGGGCUUUGUGCAGCAGCGCAGUUCUGAGUGGAGGCCCUACGCUCUGCUCCUCACCACCCUCAGCGCUGCGCUCGACCCCUUCAUCUUCUAUUUCUCCUCCAGUGCAGUGCGGAGGGCGGUCAGUGGGGUGGCGGGGGCAAUUUGGGACACAAUAUGUAGGUUUUGGGGUUGGUGUUGGCACAGGGAAUGA